AUGGCUGCAUUUCAUGAGCGCCUCAAGCCAUGGCAAAGGAUUUUACUUGGGAUAUUCUGCUUCCCUCUUUUACCUUUCUACCUGUGUGUCUACUGCUUAUGUCUUAAAGAAGAAAAAAAUGAGGAAGAUGUGGAAGAAAACAGGCAAAGCACCGGUUUUAAAGAUGAGAUAAACAAGGAAAACGUGGAAGAAAAUAAGCACAGGUUCGGUCAUGAAAAUAGAGCAAAGAACGGCACAGAACAAAUCCAAACCAGAUUAUCAUUCAUUAACAAAGGUCAUAAAGAGAGUAAAGAUAGAAUUCUACAAGAAAAAAGGAAACAAAACUCUAAAACUGCUGGAAAAUUCUAUUAUCCCUGGGAUGGAUCAAGCUUAAAGUCUUUGGAGAUAGAUCUGAAGGCUUUGGGGAAUCUGGAUCAUUUUGCUUCAAAACUGGACACCAAGGAGACGGUGGAGGAGUUAGUGCAAGCACUUAUAUAUGAUGCCAAAACUGAGCUGGAGAAAACCAGAGCUAUCUGGAUAUGGAUCUGCUAUCACAUAGAGUACGACACUAAGGGAUACAACAACAAAGCUCUGCGAUCUUCUGAACCAAAUGAAAUAUUGCGUACAAGAAAGGGAGUCUGUGCUGGAUAUGCUUCACUUUUCCAACGUAUGUGCAGCAUUGCCGGACUCCAGUGUAAGCAGGUCAGUGGUUAUUCUAAGGGUGCUGGAUAUCAGAUAGGAGAGAAGUUCUCGGAUAAGACAGACCAUGCCUGGAACAUGAUUUAUUUGGAAGGAAGUUGGCACUUGUUGGACAGCACAUGGGGAGCAGGGCACACUGAUGACAAUGUGUCAAAGUUCACCUUUAAGUACAACGAAAUUUAUUUCCUCACUCACCCAGCUAUUUUCAUCACAAAUCACUUACCUGAAGAGCCAGAUUGUCAGCUAUUGGAAACAUGUUUAUCUCGUGAGCAAUAUGAAAAGAUUGUAAAGCUUAAUGACCACUAUUACAAUCUCGGCAUGGUUUCCUACCACCCACAAACUUGUGUUAUUGAAACAGUGAAAGGAAAAGUUUCCAUCGUCAUUAAAAGCCAAUGUAACAUGAAAUUCAGCUUUACACUCAAUAAAACAGAGAAACCCGGUUUGUUGAAAUUGACCAACAAUGGAAUGACUCUUGAUGUUUAUCCCCAAAAAACUGGAAAACACAUUCUGUCCAUUUUUGCCAGUAAUGCAGACUCUGAUAAGGAAUAUAAACAAAUCAUGGAUUACAGAGUAGACUGCAGUUCAGUUGAUACCAGUAUGAUCAUACCCAAAUGUCUUAAUAAUCCCGUUGGCCCAAACUGGAUAUCAGAAAAGGCUGGAUUAUUUAACCCCUCACAUCCUAAUCCAAUCAUUUAUACUGAUGAUGGGUGCUGUACUAUUAGUUUUGCUUUAAAAAAGGACAUAAAACUUCUCUGCAAUUUAGAGUCUGAUGAAGGAAAAUUAACAAAAGAAAUGGCGAGUAGAAAUGUCCUCCAAACUCAAACAAAAGACAACGUGGAGAUUAAAGUCCACCUCCCAAGCUCAGGAACAUAUGUUUUACUUAUUUUUUUUAAACCAAGUGACAGUACCAGCUCUUCAUACAACUAUCUAUGUAACUACCUCAUUGUGUGUAACAACACUAGUAUGAAGUAGCCAGUAACAUCCUCGUC